AUGGAUACCAGUUACCUGUCUCAACAGGUGAACACCAUCAUUGGCCAAUUGCACGGCCUAUUCGACGAGAUUGGAGUCCCCAGCCAUGAGAGAGAAACCAGAGAAUCAGAGCUGUUCGAAGCUCUGUCCGAGGCCCUGCACAACCAGGUGCGCCUGGUGACGGCCGAGAAGAAGGACAUGGUCGACGAGGCCCAGAAGAUCAUCACCACCAUCCGGCAAAUGGAGGCAUCGCUUGAUGACUCCAAAGCCCGGCGCGACUAUCAUGGCGAAGACGAUGAACUAAAAGUCACAUACCCGCUGUCCAGGUGUCUGCAAGUACUCAAGGAGAAGCAUAUCCAGAUCAGCAGGCUUCACCGCGAGCGCUUCGAGCAAGUCAAGAGUGAGUGGCCUCCCUACCGAUCGCGUCUAUCUCUUCAGCGUCUGACAAACAAUAUUGCAGAGCUUGUACAAGCGCUCGAGUCGUAUUCGUCGCAUCUCGAGCCGACAUUUGUCAGGAUCGCUCUGCCACCCACGGGGCCCAACCAGUCAAUACCUCCCAACUUUGACCUGUCGCCCACCUAUGUCGAUAAGCUAGAUGAGGAGUUCACCCGGGUGUAUGAAGAGUACACUCGCAGAGUAGCCACUGUCAAAGCUUUGUCAGAACACAUCAUCCAGCUUUGGGCAGAGCUCGGCACCCCUCAAGCCCAGACUGACAGUGCGAUCGUCAAAUAUUAUAGAGAUGCACCAGAGCAACUUGGCUUGCAUGAGGAGGACCUUGCGCGCCUGCGGACCAAGCGCGACAAGUUGGCAGAUGAGAAGAAGUCCCGCGAGAAGCGGUUGAAGGACCUGAAGGCCGCAGUGGAGGCCCUCUGGGAGAAGUUGGGUGUCGAGGAGCACGAGCGUAAGGCGUUCUUGAACGGCAACCGUGGCUGUGGUAUCCGACAAAUCAACGAGUUCGAGGACGAGCUUGGUCGGCUCAACGAAUUGAAACGCCAAAAUCUCCAUCUUUUCGUCGAAGACGCACGCUUCAAGCUGCAGGAGCUAUGGGAUGCGCUCUAUCUGUCCGAGGACGAGAUGCUCGAGUUCACCCCUGCUUUCUCGGAUGUCUACAGUGACGCGUUGCUGGAGGCACAUGAGCGCGAGAUUGCCCGGCUCGAAGCUCUCAAAGAACAGCGAGCACCUACACUUGCGCUGGUGGAGAAGCACAGGACCCUGACCCACGACAGAGACGAGCUGGCCGCAUCUAGCCAGGACGCGUCACGUCUCAUGAUGAGAGGGCAGAAGGGAGAGAAGCGCGACCCCGGCAAGCUUCUCAGGGAGGAGAAGAUGCGUAAGCGAAUCUCCAAGGAGCUCCCCAAAGUCGCCGCCGAGCUUCGCAAGAUGCUCGAGAAAUGGGAGGACGAAUAUGGCCGACCUUUUUUGGUGCACGGCGAGAGAUAUCUUGACAUUAUUGAAAUGGAUGAGGCCAAGACCGCUCCCGGUCCGCGAGCCAAGACCCCGGCCAACGGCGCGCCUCCUUCGGCAGUGAAAUCGGCGUCCAAAUCGGCGGCGCUGAGCCGGGCUAAUAGUGUUGGCAAAGCCGCGCACGGCUCUCGCCCAGCAUCCAAAGCUGGUGCUACCACUGCGAACAACACCAUCAAGCGUGCUCCAGCACCAGGCCAUGGCGGCAACAACAACCUGAAGGGCAGCCCUUCACGGAUCCCGGCCAGGGCGCCGCUCGCGAGCCUGAAGAACGGCAACAACUCCCCUGAGCGGCCCAGGGCGGAGUCCCGGGUCGAUGGCGGAACGAUGCGCCAUGCGCCGGCACUGAUGCGAGCUCCUCCACCCAAGAUGCGGGAACUCGUGCCUGUACCUCAGCUUGAGACACCGGCGAACCCUUAUCGAGGCACCAAUCUCGGCUCGAGUAUUGUAAGACAGGUUGAGCCCGAAGAUGUCUACGACGAUCGACACCUGUCACAACAACGGUUUAGCAGACCGAUGUCGCGACAUGAUUCUCAGGCGUCGUUGCGGACCAAUGACCGCUUUGUCCACUCGAACUAUUCGCAGGCUCCCCCAGUAAGACAAAUAUCGAAUACGUCCACCAUGGUCUCGGGAUCAGAGAACUGGGAGACGUACGACGACAACUCAGAACCGGAGGCGGAUGCAUCAGAUACAUACUACGCCAAGAUUAGGGCAGCGAGGAGCAAGCGCAUGACCCCAGAGACCGGCUACGCGCCGCCUCACGCGGGCCAGGCGAAACGCCUACGAGGUCUACCACCAACGCAUGCAGGUCAUGUUAUGAUAGACGGCGAGGGCAACCGAAUCAUAUCGGGGAGCGAGUGGACGGAUGAGGACGCCUUCUAA